AUGACUGGAAAAUGUUCGGCAAGGGUGAACUUAGACAGAUUUGGAUAUAUAAGUGCAGCGUACACGGAUCACAAUCACCGGCCGCCGACUUUGAAGAAGUUAGCUAAUGGCAAAUAUUUAAGAUUUUCUGCGCUACUACAAACGGUACAGGCAACAGAAUCCAGAAAGAUUCCAAACUAUGAAGUAAUGAAUCUGCCAGGUAAUAGGAGAUUAAUAAUGUACAAAAAUUACACAUUUUCCUACAAAAACACACAAUGGAGUAAAAAGCGUUACUUAUAUUGUUCGAAGAAAUACAGUAUGAAGUGCACAGCGCGAUUUCGAUUGAACGAAAAGGGCGUUAUUUUUGCAGCUUUCACUGAUCACAACCACCAACCGCCGCAUUUCCAGAAAUGUCCUAAUGGCACUUAUGUGAAAAUAUCA